AUGGGUGGUAGCAGCGGUCAAUCUCCACCUCAACCGCAGCAGUCCGAACCUCUUAAGCGACGCAGAAUUACCCGCGCCUGCGAUCGUUGCCAUCGCAGUGGUGUCAAGUGCUCGAGAAGCCCGACUCCAGGAGUUUGCGGCCCGUGCGCGGCUUUCGGCUCAGAAUGCACGUACCAGCGGCCGGUCAAGCGUCGAGGGGUGAGUGCCAGCAGCACAGCUCUGCGCGCCCACCAGCGUGUGGGGCGUAACAACAUGGGUGCGCCCCAGUCUCCAGCGGCCUGGAAGUACGAACCCGUCGGCACACCCGAAGCGAUCGAGACACUCGUGGACGCGUAUCAUCGCAUAAUUUACCCAAUACUACCCUACUUCCACUGGCCGUCUUUUUACGCCCAUAUCCGCGUCCGCAGGUACAUGCACGACCGGGCCUUCUAUGCCGUCACCAUGGCCAUGUGCGCCAUCACUAGCGCACGCAUGCGUGACGGCGCGAGCUAUCUUGCGGAAGCCGGGGUUAAGGCGCAUCUCACUGCCGACACACCGUCGAGCGAGGCGUUCUAUGAGGCCGCAACCCGUACAUUCCCCGCCGACCUGAGUCAGGCGUCUGAAUUUGACUACAAGCGCGCCAAGGUUAUUCUCGCCAUGCUCUGCAUCCAAUUCGGCAACGUGCGUCAGCUCACGACGCACCUCGGCGACUACAUGACGUUGUGUAGCAACGACAAUUUCCAUUUGGAGGCUCGGUGGCCAUCUAAUCUUCCCGAAACCGAAGUCCAGGAGCGCCGGCGACUGUUCUGGGGGGCGUACACAGUCGACGUCUACGCCGCCACCACCUUCGGAGGUGUGGUGCGCCAUCGCGAGGCGCAGAGCACAGUGCUUUACCCGGCGCUCGUACAUGACGACGACGAGAUCACAGAGAGAGGCAUUGUGCCCCGCAUCAAUGGUACCAACCGCCCUUCAUACCUCGUGGGCUGGAACUUUACGACGGAUCUGUACCGGAUUCUUGAGCAUUCCCUGGACCAACUGCGCAUCAAGCGCCUCAACGCAGACAACACAUCCCACAUCACCAACUUUUAUUCAACGCGCUCAGGCCCUACGCCACAAGAGGGCCUGGAUCUCGUGGCGCAGCUCUAUUCCGAACUGCCAGACGACUUCAAGGGCGCCAAGGCUAUGACUGGCGACAUGAAAGAAGAUCGCUAUGGAUUCCAGGCCGCCGACAUCAUGGUCACAAUGCAGACGGUCAAGAUGGUCAUGCUCGGUCUCGAGGAGGCGACCGUGGAGCGGCGCUGCGCCGUUGCUGGCGAGCUUCUGGACGCCCUUGCCAAUGUGCCGACGGCUUACAUCCAGGCCAUCAGCUCUCCGAUCAUGCACCACCUCGCGGGAGUAGGACAUCUGCUGGGCAGCGUGAUCCAGUCUCCGCUGUCUCCCUGGUCGUACUUGCAGGUGCGCAAUGUCCUGCUAGCCAUGGCGGAUCUGGUUGGCGGCCUGGAGUCGUCACUCUCCAACAUCCAAGGCAUCGCAAACAAGCUGCGCGACCACAUCUUCCGCAUUGACCAGUACAUGACGUCGGCAGCGAUGGACCACCAGCGACGCUCACACGUGUACCACAACGCGCUUCCGUCUGCCGCUUGGGGUACUGGCAACAACCCGAACCACAUGCAGCAGAUGCCCAGCAGCAACAUGCGUACCGAGAGCCCACAGGGUAUGUCGGUCUCAUCAUCGCUGUCGCCGGAGGAUACCGCAUCGAGGAACAACACCUCGCUGAGCUUCAGCAACUCUAAGAACCUCAUGUACGCGCCUAUGUCGUCCGAUAUGUUCGAGUUCAACCUGGGCCCCAUGGCGCCAGACACGCAGGUGCAGCUUCCCAACGACCUGUUCCUCGACCUGCCCUUUGAGUUUGGCUCCGAAGGCUUCGAUUUCCUCUCUAUGGCUGUGUAA